AUGCGGCCCCUGUGGCUCUGCUGGACACUGUGGCUGCUAUCCCUGGCCCCGCCAGGGGCGGCGCUGAGCGGGGAGCAGAUCCUGGCCAGCUUGCUGCAACAGCUGCACCUCCACCAGGCGCCUGUCCUGGAUAGAGCCGACCUGGAGGGCCUGGCCGUGCCUGCCCAUGUGAGGGCCCAAUAUGUGGCCCUGCUGCAGCACGGCCACAGGGAGCGUUCCCGCGGCAAGAGGUUCAGCCAGAACUUCCGAGAGGUGGCCGGCAGGCUCCUGAUCACCGAGGCACACACACACCUGCUGGUGUUUGGCAUGGAGCAGCGGCUGCCGCCUAACAGCGAGCUGGUGCAAGCUGUGCUGCGGCUCUUCCAGGAGCCAGUCCCCAAGGCCGCCCUGCGCAGGCACGAGCGCCUGCCCCCGCACAGCGCCCAGGCCCGGGUCACCGUGGAGUGGCUGCGCAUCCGUGACGACGGCUCCAACCACACCUCCCUCAUCGACUCCAGGCUAGUGUCCAUCCACCAGAGCGGCUGGACGGCUUUCGACGUGACGGAGGCCGUGAACUUCUGGCAGCAGCUGAGGGAGCCCCGGCAGCCGCUGCUGCUGCAGGUGUCUGUGCAGAGGGAGCACCUGGGCGCGGGUGCGUCCAGCGCGCACAGGCUGGUGCGCUUUGCCUGGCAGGGGGAGGCUGGUGGCAUGUCGAGCGAGCCGCAGCUGGAGCUGCACACCCUGGACCUCAAGCACUAUGGAGCUCAAGACAACUGUGACCCUGAGAUGCCAGCAACCGAGGGCACCCGCUGCUGUCGCCAGGAGACCUACAUUGACCUGCAGGGGAUGAAGUGGGCUGAGAACUGGGUCCUGGAGCCCCCUGGCUUCUUGGCCUACGAGUGUGUGGGCAGCUGCCUGCAGCCCCCGGAGCGCCUGAGCCUCCAGUGGCCGCACCUGGGCCCACGACAGUGCAUUGCUUCGGAGACGACCUCGUUGCCCUUAAUUGUCAACGUGAAGGAGGGAGGCAGGACCAGGCCCCGGGUGGUCAGCCUGCCCAACAUGAGGGUACAGAGGUGUAGCUGUGCCUCGGAUGGGGCACCUGUGCCCAGGAGGUUGGAGCCGUAGUGCCCGUGUUGCUCCUGAGGCCUCUGACUAGACACAGGCAU